UCUCUGUGGUUUAGUAUAGAGCAAAGCCUCAAAAAAAUAAACGGUGUUGCAUCAGCUCAAAAGAAAUUACCAUGCCAAGAAAUGUUCAAGAAACUGUUCAAACUUCCAGGAGCACAAGUUUUCGCAGUAAAAAAACGAAAUCUGUCGUUGGCAUAACGGUCCGAAAUGAAAGUUCUCGUGAGCAGAGUGGUCACCAAGUUCAUCGAACUGUCUCAUUAUCCUACACUCAACCCAGCGGUUCCAAAGCGCCAACGAACGAAAUCGGAAACAGUCCUUCAUUGUUACAGACCUCAUCUAAUCCAAGGAUUGUCCAAAAUGCGUCAACUCAGCGAACAUCUUGUUAUGGUACUAGAAAACCUUACGAAAGUUAUUCUAAUGAAAGUAUGAAGGCUCCAGGCAAAAACCUGACAACGCUAGACAACGCUAGACCACCACCAAUCUCUUCUAGAACAUUAACAAGCGAAUUUAGAAACAACCCCGCACAAUGGCCGAGCUGGAAAAUACCAGCUUCCCAGGAGAAGCCUGGAUACUCCGUCGGAGUCGGUAGCCUUCUCAGUCAGCCUUCUACAAGUUCUUCUAAUGACAGGAUCAGAACGCCAGAACGUUAUAACCUUCGCGAUAAAAAUUUUCAUGUGAUAAUUUUUCACCAGCAAGAAUUUAAAGAUAAAAAACAAAACCGAAAAGGAAGCGAGCAGGAUAUGAAACUCUUGAAAAAUUUCUUUCCCAAGUAUCGAGUAGGAUGUAUGGACAUAUACGAAAACAAAAAGGUCACCAAAGUGAAAGAUGUUAUGCAGAAAGUAUCAAAGAAAGAUUUCAAAUCCAACUGUUGCUUGAUGGUUAUUAUAAUGAGUCACGGUGAUGAGAAUGGUAACAUUUGGGCCUACGAUGGUAAAUACAAUUUUGAAAAAGACAUUGUAGAACGAGUCUUGUUGAAUGAUUCACUGAAGGGCAAACCAAAAGUAUUUAUUGUUCAAGCUUGCAGAGGCAAUGCGACUAUGGAAGCCGAUUCUUACCCAAUUACCACAAACAAGAACGAUAUUAUCAAAUGUUUCGGCACUUACGAAGGUACCGUAGCAUACAGAGACGAAAGUUCCGGAACUUACUUCAUACAGGGACUGUUUAAAUUACUAGAGCAAAAUGGACAUAUGGAUCUCCCGGACAUAAUGACUGAAUUGCGAGGAGAUUUUUCAACCAAAAACUUUCCGCAAGUACCCACAACAUCGACAACAUUCACGAAAAAGUUUUACUUCAGAGAUCUUAUGAAAUAAAACCACGGCUUAUCUAUAACCUAAAGAAACGCAUCAUCAACAGAGCAAAACUAUUUUGCAGAAACAUAUUUUAGAAAAAUGCUAUGCUAUCGACGAAUAAAUAUGAAAAGUUUUAUCAAUAAGAACGUAAGACUAAUUUAUCGGUCUGUCAAAUAAGACGUUAGAACUAGU